CUCGUUCCUAUGCGUCCUCAUCUAUAUGCUCUGGCCUAGCAGCUACCACCGUCUUCCCCCUGGACCGAAGCGCCUUCCGCUCGUGGGCAAUGUUCUCGAGCUGCCUCCAGCGCAGUAUAUGCACUUGACCUUUGCAACAUGGGCAAAGAAAUACGAUUGCCCGAGAUCUGCUCGAGAAGCGAGGUGCAAACUGCUCCAGCCGGCCGCGGAUGACAAUGCUUGUCGAACUGCUAGGGUGGAAUCCCUCCAUUUCUGCGUUACCGUACAAGUCGGAGAGCUACCGCAAGCAUCGCCGAUGGAUACAAAGUGCCUUCGGUGACAAAGACGCGGUAAAGGGUUUCUUGCCUCUCAAGACGAGAGAGAUGCACAUAUUCUUGAUGAGUUUGAUGGAGAGACCCUCCGACUAUGUCCUCCAUGUCAAGCGGUUUGUCGCUGCGCUUGCAGUCGAAACUGUCUACGGACAUCGCAUCGAGUCUCUGGAGGAUGAACACGUGACACUCAUGGACCAAGCCAUGGGGGCAACCACUGCGACGGGCGCAGCAGGCGGAACUCUCGUUGACCUCAUGCCUUUCCUCAAGUAUGUACCAGCUUGGAUGCCGGGGGCGGCCUACCAGAGGAUUGCUGCCCGCGGGAGACAGCUCGUGUCGGACAGUCACUACAUACCAUAUCGCAAGACACGCGAGUCGAUGGCAUCGGAAGACGCGCCCGCCUCGUUUAUGUCUGCGCUGAUUGAGCAGGCCACGUCGGCGGGGCGCCUGGAUGAAGAGGAGACUGAUAUUAUCUACGCAGCGGGAGCGAUAUACUCUGCUGCGACAGACACGACGAAGACCGUAUUGCUGACGUUCAUCUUGGCGAUGGUGCUUCACCCUGAGGUGUACACUAAGCUACAGAAUGAGGUCGAUCGAGUCGUCGGGAAGGAUCGGCUGCCCUCUUUGGAGGAUAGACCAGAUUUGACGUAUGUCGAUUGCGUCUUGAAGGAGACCUACCGUUGGAACCCGCCGCUGCCGUUAGGGCUACCACAUUACAUCACGGAAGACGACACAUACGAAGGAUAUCAUCUACCGAAAGACACAACCGUCCUUGCGAAUCUGUGGUCGAUAUGCCGGGAGAAGGACAUGUGGCCCGGGGAUGAACUGGAUGUCUUCCGUCCGGAACGUUUCUUGGACCUUGAUGCCGAGGAAGCAAAAGCGAUGGAUCCUCGCCAGGUUGUCUUUGGAUACGGACGCAGGUCAGUGUGCUCCUCUUGCCCAUUCAUCUUUAGGGGAUGACCUGGAUUUCGAAUGGCGGCAGACUCUGUCCAGGACGUCUUUUCGCAGACGAAACCCUUUUCUUGGUGAUAUCUAAUAUGGCGGCGACGCUCGACAUCCGGAAAGCUCGGGAUGUAGGGGGUAGGGAGAUCACUCCGCAGGUCUCCUUCCACCCCGCCCUUGUCAGGCAAGUCGCUUCUGUCAGUGAAUGAAUGUCUGC